AUGACGACCAUGGCCCUCGUUGUGGGCGUUCUCGCUCUAUCUCUUCGUAUGGGUGAUUCCUUUUCGUCACAAUGUACAAAAUUACCACGGAGAACGGCACUACCGUCUCGGCGUACGAAUCGUUACGUUUUAUGGAGCAGCAGUAGCCGUAGGAGUACAGUUGCACCACCGGAUCUCGAUACGGGUGCGAAUCCGAUUCCGGACGCCGACGUAAUUACAUCCACCGACGCUGUGGUGGUAGGCGGAGGUCCCACUGGACUCUUGACAGCUAUCAUGUUGGCACAAAAGUACCCCGACCGAACCCUCCAACUCUACGAUCGUUUGGCGGAACCGCCGUCUCCAGACGACGACACCGUCUGGAACGAUGUGGCCAAGUUUUAUUUGAUCGGCUUAGGAGCACGUGGACAAUACGCCUUGCAAACCUUUGGAGUAUGGGACGAAGUUGAGCAACGCUGCGUAGCGGUCGUCGGACGCAAGGAUUGGCCGCCAGACUCGGAAGAAGGUGUGGAACGGAUCUUUACCAAAGAAGACAAGAAGGUCGCAACGCAAGUCUUGCCUCGUGACAAACUAGUCGGUGUCUUGCAUCAGCAUAUUCGGGAAAAUUAUGAUGGAAAAAUAUUCUUAAAUUAUGGCUACGAAGUGCAUCCGGUAGAUUUUGAAUUUCGUGGCGGUAGUCAAGUCCUACUGCAGAUUGUCCAAUGUUCCGAGACCGUCGUACGGCUGAAUCCUUCGGCUGUACGAACAGCUAUAGAUAAACAGGAUGAGAUGCUAUGUGAUACCCAAGGUGGCAAGUUUGUGGCGUCAGAUUUGGUGAUUGCUGCGGAUGGUACGGUUCGUACCAUUGCCAAUGCCAUGGAACGUCAAGAUCAGCAGCGAUUCCGUGCAAUGAAUCCACUCCAAAGGCUAAGGGCUGGCCGACCUUUUCGCGUGAAGCGAUACCUUGAUGACAAUCAGCGUAUAUAUAAAACCAUUCCGAUGAAAAUCCCCAAGGAUUGGCGCCCUGACCUAAACUACUCGGCUCGUACGAAAGAGGGACGAAUCAAUUACGAUGCUCUACCGGCCAACGAAAAUGGGGAAUACUGCGGGGUGUUGCUGCUCAAAAAAGGAGACCCAAUGGCGCAGGCGGACACCAGUCCAACCGAGCUCCGCCAAUUAAUGGACGACGUUCUUCCACAAUUUAGUGCUCUUCUGGAUGACGAGGUUGUCGCUGCGGUUGCCCAAAAGCCUGUUUCGUAUCUACCGGGCUUUCGGUACGCCGGUCCGCGUCUUAACCAAGGCGACCGUUGUGUACUUCUCGGCGAUUGCGCCCAUACUGUCAAGCCGUACUUUGGACUCGGUGCCAAUUCGGCCUUGGAGGAUGUUAAGAUCAUGAGCGAGAUUCUCGAUGCCACGGAACAUGAUAUAUCGGCGGCGGUCCGUGAGUUUUCACGACGCCGGGCUCCCGAAUCGGAAAGCCUAGUGCGCAUCUCCCGUGACCUCGAUCGUCCCGGAAAGAUUGGAUUCGUCACGUUUAUUCUGCCUCUGAUCCUGGACUCUAUCUUUAGCAAAGCCAUGCCGAAAUUGUUCCAACCUAAUAUCAUCACCAUGCUGCAAAAAGAAAACUGGACUUUUCGACAGGUAGCAUCACGAAAACGGCUGGAUCGGCUAGGACAGCUUUCCAUCAUUGCGGCAGGCUUAACAGGGAUGGGUUUCGUUGCGCGAGUGUUAGUUCGUUCGGUGGCAAGAAUGAUGGGCAAGAGUACGACAAAGGUUGCAAUGGGACUUAUCGGAGCCGCCUUUGGAAUUGGGCUGCUCCGACGGUUCGCUGGGCUAGUGGCACCAGGAUCAGCACCAGCCGACGUUGUCACCAAAAUGGCUACAAACAAAAAAUCCAAGGAGCAAAGCGAUAGCCCACUCAGCAGUCGACAAUCAUUUCUGACACCUCGUCUUGGCUUUAGCAACAAAGGAGAAAGGAAGUCCAAGUAG